AUGGGCGACAGAUCAGAACCAGACCAAACCUCACAAUCCACCGCAAUCCGAGAUGGUGGCUACGGCUGGGUCGUCGUAUUUGCAUGCUUCGUCCAGACCUUCUGGGUGAACGCGUGGACGGGCUCCUGGGGUAUCAUUCAGGCAGCCCUCCUGCUGCAGAGCAAUGUGCGCGCUGUUCCCACGAGCACGAUCUCUUUUGUUGGGUCACUGGGCUUGUCACUUACCGUAGCCCUUGGGCUCGCCUGUGUCUGGCUGGCCGGCGUUAUUGGUGCACGGUGGAGUAGCCUGAUUGGGGUCGUAUUGUUCGGCGCCAGCACACUCGUCGGCAGUUUCACUGUCAGCAAUAUCGGAGGUCUGUUUAUAUCGGCUGCCCUCUACGGUCUAGGAGCGAGCCUGAUGUUUACCAUGUCCAAUAGCUUACCGCUCCAGUGGUUCAACGACCGCCUCGGCACAGCUAACGGACUGGUCAAGCUCGGGGGUGGCGUCGGUGCCACCGUCAUGGCAUUUGUGCUGCAGCAGCUCAUUGAUAAAGUCGGCAUCGCCUGGACCUUCCGCGUCAUGGCCUUGAUGUCGCUUGCUAGUGGGAUCCCGACCGCGCUGCUAAUUAGGGAGAGGGCACCACCAUCUUCCUCCUCGAUAAACAUGUCGCUCUUCCGUAAUCUGACAUUCUUCUUCCUGUUCGUAGCCGGCUUUGUUGGCAUUUUCGCCCUUUACAUCCCUUCUUUCUUCCUGCCUACUGUUGCCACCUCAAUCGGGCUCUCAUCUACGACUGCUGCGGCUGUCAUGGCUUGCUACAAUGCUUGCAUGGCCCUGGGCCCUGUCACUAUGCUGGCAAUCUGGUCCGUUGCAUCCACCUUAGCUGCUCUGGUCAUAUUUGCCGCCCUCAAUGGAAUCGCAAACGGGGCCUUCUUUGUCACCAUGCCGACCGCUGUCGGAAGGCUACUAGGUCCAUAUGCCGCGCCUGCGGGCAUAGGCAUGGCCAUCACCGGUUGGAGCGUCGGUGAUCUGUUGGGUAAUCCGAUCGCGGGCUUCUUGAUCGCGGCCACGCAUGCAGGUCGGGCGAACUCCAUCGUCCCCUACCGUGCAGCCAUCUUUUAUGCGGGCGGAACGGCAGCUGUCUCAACAGCUCUCGUACUGGUGGCCCGACUGAGAAUGGAUGCUAGCCUGAUCAAGAAGUAUUAG